CCCAGGGCCUCAGAGGCCACACUGGUGAGGGAGGCCAUGGCUAAGGAUUUGGAGCCAGAAUUUUACCUCAAGUGGAGACACUGUGAGACCCCGGGCGUGAAGACGCUGGGCGACCUCAGGAAGCUUCUGCACCGACUGCAGAGAGACCACAAGGAAGAUGUCUUCCUGUACACUUCAGGCCACCUGAAUCCCAGCAAGCUCUACCGGCCGCCCGAGACCCACCUGCCCGCCUGGUGCAGCACCAGCAGGCCAAAGGGGGAAGCGGCUUCUGGAGUGGGAAAGCCACCCGACAGGAAUGUCGCCAAGAUGAAAGAUGCUUGGGCUCAUUUUACCGUCAACACAGCUCUGCUUCCUGAUGAGGCCAGAAACAAGCGGCUGUUCAGGUACCUGAACCCCCAGGCGCGGGCUUCCCACACUUCCAGAGAGGACUUCACUCCCAGGCAAGGAGAGAAGGCGGAGAGGGACAAAGGCUUUCCUGAAGGACGCAGGAGAGAGGAGCUCAGGCUGCCCCAGGUGAAGGUGCUGAGGUACCGAGAGCCAGGGUCCAGCCGCCGCUGCACCCUGACGGCCCCAGGCCCGGACGAGUACCAGUACAUCAACUCCUACCUGGCCGGCAUAACCAAAGCCGACAGGUACCAGAAGUUCUUGAGUUUCCAAAAGCAAGUUCUGGCAAAGCAAGAUCUACUGAAGAGUGAUUUCACAGGGGCCAAGGUGGCGACGGGCCAUGAGAAGAAGUUGGAGGAGAAACUCCAGAAAAUAUGCACGUGCCCCCCGCAAGAGCUCAGCAGGCUGCAGGUCUUAGGAGAAGUGUUUGAAGAUGUUUGCAACAGUUCUUUGAUAUUUGGUGACAUCUUAAAAGAAGUUAAGGAUGAAUAUGAACUCUACAUGACCACACUCCUGUGCUCCCAGCCCACGGAGCAGUAUGAGACUUACCUGGCUGAAGCGAAAGAGCUAGAGAAGAGUCCUGUGCGGAGAGGGGAUAUUGACCAGGCCAGGGAGGAGCUGAGGAAACUCGUGAAGGCCACCAGAGCGGCCCUGGAGCACUACAACAAACUCAGAGAUGAAUUAGAGGUGGAGAACAAACUGCUUCGAAUCACUAAGGAAAGAUCAGAAGAAACCGAGAAAAAAGUAAUUGAUGAGGAACAACUUACUCUUACGGAGAAGGUUGAAAUUCAGAGAUGUGAAAUACUCAAGAAAUGGGAUGAAAUUCAAGACCUUGAAAAGCAAAUUAAAGCAACACUGGUGCACACUGGAAUUUCAGGCAUUGCCGAGAAUAAGCUUAAAAGCAUAGAGAAUGAAGCUAUAAGAUUGGAAACAUCAAAUAGGAUCCUAAAGAAGAAAUUGGAAGCCAGUGAAAACCAUUUGAAGCAGUUCAUGAGAAAGAGCAAAAUCAGUGAGGAGGAGCAGCCGAAACUUUGGGAAUUUAUUAAAAAAUACACAAAAUUAGAAGAAACAGAAAAUAACUCUCAAGCAACUGGAGAAGUGACCCAUGAAAAUUCAGAAGUGUCAUGUGUAUAGCAGCCUGGAUGUUUUCAGAUGGAGAAGUCAAUGGAGAGGCAUUCCAUUUCGUCCACCUUACCCCAAUAAAAUUAAUGUGUUAUAAGUAUCCUCUUCAAAGUGUUGAUCAAUGCAUAUACACACAUGGUCAGUUUUAAUUUAUGCAUAUGUGCAUAACAAUACUAGUUCUGAGAAUUUCCUGCUUUUAUUUAGUAACUUUCCACUGGAGAAAAUACUUUUCAAUAUUUAAGAAUAAAAAAUUUUUCUGUGUUAUAUUAGGGAUCAAAUUUGUCAAUCUAAAAAUAAUUGUUUAUCUGCCAACAGUUUUUUUUUAACAUGUAAUACAGUGUA